AUACGUUAUCCCGCCUAUUUAUUAAACAGCGGUAGUGCGGUACUCAGUGGACCUUCAUCUGCCUAGUUAUCCUAUAUUAACGUCACAUUCACUGUGUUUCUUUUAGUUUGAGAAAUAAUGGCUAUAACUUCAGAUCACAUUCGAGAUAAGCUAAUCAAGGAGAUCGGGGCUGUGCAUGUGGACGUUGAGGACACUUCCCCCAAUAGAUGUGCGGCCAGCUUUAAAGUCCUUAUAGUUUCUCCUCAAUUUGAAGGUAAACCUCUGUUGCAGAGACACAGGUUGGUGAACACAUGUCUGGCUGAAGAGCUAAAAGAGAUCCACGCCUUCGAGCAGAAGACACUGACACCAGAACAAUGGGAGAAACAGAAAGCACAGUGAUGCAGUAUACUGUUUACAGUAAAUACUGUUUUUGGUAAAGACUAUAAGAGCCGAAUGAGUACAAUUGGCAUGAAACCAGUGGCUCUUCCUUUUUUAUGACUGUAUUACUUUGACAUUCAAAUGCCUUACUAUGUAUAUGUAAAAGCAGCCAGCUCACUUAAACAUGUGUUAACAUCAAUGAUACAUAAAUGACGAUCAUGAAAGAUUUGCUGACAAUAAACAGUACAUGGCAAACUUUU